AAGGUCAUACUGAACCUGUGCAUUUCGAAAAAACGUGCGGAUUUUCUGGAGAUAUAUUUGGAACCGAUUUGUAUCUCUUGACAUAUCCUAGACAGAAUGGGUGGCCAGGGAAAGAUGAUCAACAGGAAGCGGAAGUUUGUGGGCCGCAAGGCGGACGAUCCGGAAUUCGACCUGGACAAGAAGCAGUUUAAGGUGCUCCACUUGAAUGCCAACGAGAAGCGGCUGAUCAUCGUUUUGGAGGGCGCCCAGCUGGAGACGGUGAAGGUACACAACACCUUCGAGCUGCUGAACUGCGACGAUCAUGCGGGUAUUAUGCGCAAGAACCAAAGGGAUCCCGGAUCAUGUCGUCCGGACAUCACCCAUCAGUGCCUGCUAAUGCUCUUCGAUUCUCCCCUGAACCGGGCUGGUCUUCUCCAGGUCUUUGUACGCACGGAGCACAAUGUGCUGAUCGAAAUCAAUCCACAGACCCGAAUCCCCAGAACCUUUAAACGCUUUGCGGGAUUGAUGGUCCAACUGCUGCACAAGUUCCAGAUUCGUGCCAAUGACUCCUCGCGACGAUUGAUGAGUGUGAUCAAGAAUCCCAUCACGGAUCACGUGCCGGUUGGGUGCAAAAAGUACGCCAUGAGCUUCUCCGGCAAACUGGUGGCCAAUUGCCGGGAUCUGGUGCCGCAUGGCGAGGAGGGCAGUGCCAGUUACGACGAGCCCGUGGUCAUUGUCAUCGGAGCCUUCGCACACGGCGUCCUGAAGACGGACUACACGGAGGAGCUGUUCUCCAUCAGCAACUACCCACUUUCGGCGGCCAUCGCGUGCUCCAAACUCUGCUCCGCCUUCGAGGAGGUGUGGGGUGUGGUCUAAGCCCUCCGAUUAUUGUUUUUUUUAGGUUAGUCAUAGCUAGUAGUUAGUCUACAUCUAUUCUUUAAAUGCGUUUCCAUUAAAUGUGGUGGAAUUCCAAGGACUGCA